GUUUGCUUUUGGAAACGCAGUUUGCAGGCAAGUUUCCUCCUGCGGGCAGAAUCUCCGCCCUCCCUUCCGGGGUCUUCAGAGACACCCCCCGCCACCGCAAAGCCCCCUCCCCUACAGAUGUCUUGCGUAAAGCCUGCCCACUUCCUUCGGGUGGGCGUGGCGGCGAGGUGCUUAAAAGUAGGAAGGCCUACCCCUUAACUGCUUUGGGAUUCUUGUCCCGGGUGGGCCUGGCAGUGGGACCUGGGGCUCUUGGAAUUUUGGAAGUCCAGCCUUAGCAUGCUUUGAAGUUGCUGGAUGGCUGAGUCAGGCCUGGAGCUCCCUUUCUGGAACCAGCGGCAAGGCAGGUCACUGACCCCCAGGGGUUUCAUAGGGUGUUGACAUCUGCCAUGGCCACCCUUGCUUACACCAGUUCCAGGAAGUCAUGGUGGACAGAGGGGACGGGAGGAAGCUGCCUGAGUCCUAAGUGGGACUUGAGAAUCGGUCGAGACCAGGACUUUGAUGCCUGCCUACCUGGCCCCCUGCUCAGUGUCUGCUGCAGAGACCAUGUCUGCCAACGGGGCAGAGGCUGAUGGCAGCACCCAGGUGACAGCGGAAGAACCGGUCCAGCAGCCCAGUGUGGUGGACCGUGUGGCCAGCAUGCCUCUCAUCAGCUCCACCUGCGACAUGGUAUCUGCGGCUUAUGCCUCCACCAAGGAGAGCUACCCGCAUGUCAAGACCGUUUGCGACGUGGCAGAGAAGGGAGUGAGGACCCUCACGGCGGCCGCUGUCAGCGGGGCUCAGCCGAUCCUCUCCAAGCUGGAGCCCCAGAUUGCAUCAGCCAGCGAAUACGCCCACAGGGGGCUGGACAAGUUGGAGGAGAAUCUCCCCGUCCUGCAGCAGCCCACGGAGAAGGUCCUGGCGGACACCAAGGAGCUUGUUUCGUCCAAGGUGUCGGGGGCCCGAGAGAUGGUGUCUAGCGCCAAGGACACGGUGGCCACCCGAGUGUCGGAGGCAGUGGAUGCGACCCGUGGUGCUGUGCAGAGCGGCGUGGACAAGACAAAGUCCGUAGUGACCGGCGGGGUCCAAUCGGUCAUGGGCUCCCGCGUGGGCCAGAUGGUGCUGAGUGGGGUCGACACGGUGCUGGGGAAGUCAGAGGAGUGGGUGGACAACCACCUGCCCCUUACGGAUGCCGAACUGGCCCGCAUCGCCACGUCCCUGGAUGGCUUCGACGUCGCAUCCGUGCAGCAGCAGCGGCAGGAACAGAGCUACUUCGUACGUCUGGGCUCCCUGUCGGAGAGGCUGCGGCAGCACGCCUAUGAGCACUCGCUGGGCAAGCUUCGAGCCACCAAGCAGAGGGCACAGGAGGCGCUGCUGCAGCUGUCACAGGCCCUAAGCCUGAUGGAAACUGUCAAGCAAGGCAUUGAUCAGAAGCUGGUAGAAGGCCAGGAGAAGCUGCACCAGAUGUGGCUCAGCUGGAACCAGAAGCAGCUCCAGGGCCCCGAGAAGGAGCCGCCCAAGCCAGAGCAGGUCGAGUCCCGGGCGCUUACCAUGUUCCGGGACAUUGCCCAGCAACUGCAGGCCACCUGUACCUCCCUGGGGUCCAGCAUUCAGGGCCUCCCCACCAAUGUGAAAGACCAGGUGCAGCAGGCCCGCCGCCAGGUGGAGGACCUCCAGGCCACCUUUUCUAGCAUCCACUCCUUCCAGGACCUGUCCAGCAGCAUCCUGGCCCAGAGCCGCGAGCGCGUCGCCAGCGCCCGCGAGGCCCUGGACCACAUGGUGGAAUACGUGGCCCAGAACACACCUGUCACGUGGCUCGUGGGACCCUUUGCCCCUGGAAUCACUGAGAAAACCCCAGAGGAGAAGUAGGGGAGAGGAGAGGACUCAGCAGGCCCUGUCUCUGUGCUGCAGCUGUGCUCCUGAGUCCUCAACCCAGGGCUCAUUUCAAACUGAUUUUCUAGCCACUCCUCCCAGCUCUUCUGUGCUGUCCGCUUGGGAAACGAAGGCUCUCAAAACGGGCAUCACCCAGUUGACCCAUCUCUUAGCCUCUCCGAGCUUGGAAGAAGCCUGUUCUGAGCCUCACCCUAUCAGUCAGUAGAGAGAGAUGUCCAGAAAAAAUAUUUUUCAGGAAAGUUCUCCCCCGCAGAUUUUUUUUUUUUUUCCUUGUUAAAAAUCAGGAAUAUAGGCUGGGCGCGGUGGCUCACACCUGUAAUCCCAGCACUCUGGGAGGCCAAGGCGGGCAGAUCACCUGAGGUCAGGUGUUCGAGACCAGCCAGGCCAACAUGGUGAAACCCCGUCUCUACUAAAAAUACAAAAAAAAAUGAUCCAGGCGUGGUGGCAGGCGCCUGUAAUCCCAGUUACUCAGGAGGCUGAGGCAAGAGAAUCUCUUGAACCUGAGAGGUGGAGGUUGCAGUGAGCCAAGAUCGUGCCAUUGCACUCCAGCCUAGGGGACAAGAGUGAGACUUAGUCUCAAAAAAAAAAAAAAAAAAUCAGGGACGUAGUUCAUAUCCCACUUCGUUUACACCGACGUCCCUGGAUAGCAGCCUGUAGCUAAGGGACUUGGGAUUUCUGGCCUAAGUGGGCCUCCUGGGGAUGGGGUGGAACACUGAGCUUCUGAGCCUCAUUGUAGAGUAGAAAGGUGCUGGGGCCUGUCUGGUAAGCCUUGUUGAAAUGCUCUGGUGUUCAGUAUUGCCUUAAUAAACUUCACCCACAACUGCA